CUGCGAUAUAAACAUUUUUCUUGCUUUUUCUACCUUCUAUGUUUAUUAAUUCAAAUAAAGCACAUUAUCGACAAAAACUAUUAGGUGAACUGUAAGAGUCAGUAUGUCUCAGAGAGGACUAGAAGGAGAGGACCUGGAGAAAGGUUUACAGCAGCUAGUCAAUAGUUUUGAAACUCAUAUCAGUGAUCUAGAGUCACCAAGUCAAGUUAAAGAUGUCUUGGUACAGUUAGAGAGAAAUGAUGAAAACUUUCACAAACAUGAGUUUGUUAAACAGUUAAAAUCUAGAAUAGAUGAUGUAUUACGACCAUGUAUUGAUGAAGAAAUAGAAAGAAAUUCUACAGCAGGUCAUGUACCUCUAGGUGGUUAUGAUGUAGAAAGAUUGGUCAAACAGAGAACUGAGGCUAUUAUGAACUCAAAACAAUAUAAAGACUUUAAACAAGAAUUAAACAGUAAUAUAAAGGAAGCAGUAGAACAUCUGAUAAUAAAUGAUUCCACUCCAUAUGAAGAUCAUCCUACAGACAGACAUGGUUUCCCUGGUAGUGAUGAUGAAGAUUCAUCUUCUUGUGGCAGUACAUUCUGUCAGGGAAGUGUUAUGAUGUUUGACCCUGAUUCAUUGAAGAAAAUAGCAGACGAUCUUUCUAAAUCUAAAUCAUAUCAGCAAAAACGAGAUGCAUUAGUGAAGUUAAACAGACAUAUGAGUGCUGAUAUAGUAAAUAACAACAACUGGCAUUAUCUACGUAAACAACUAUUGACUGUUCUCGGUGACCCUAAUGAUGAACUCACACAACUAAGUCAGAAGUUUAUAGCUAAAGCUUUUACCAGUACUUGUCAUCAAACACGAGAGAUAUAUACAUUACUUAGUGAAUAUUUAGUUAACGAGUUUGAAUAUAGAGAUACUGGUACUCAGUUAUUAAGUCAAGGUUUAGAUAUAGACAGACCUGAACAAUCUAAACUAUUAAAAGCUUUUCGUCUGAUGAAUGAAUUUCAACAAGAAGCUCCAAAUUACUGGAUUCGCUAUCCUGACAAAUAUUUAGAAGAUGUAGUGGAGUCCACAUUAAAACUAUUAUCAAUACAUCCUAGCCAUCAAGCAGGAAAUAUCUAUAUUACACCAUUACAUUAUAUAGCUCUAGUUGAUCCUAAAGCUAACUGGUGUAUUAAAUGGAUGCAUGGUAACUACAGUAGAAGAGCUUUACUGAUUUCAUUAAAAUCUCAUAAGAAAGUAGUAGAGAAUGCAGUACAUCAUUGUUUAAAAUUUCUAUCAACAAUAAAAUCUACAACUAAACCUAGUGAUCUAGCUGAUAAUAUAUCAAGAUUAUCUAUUGGUACUGAUAUACGACGUUCAUAUUAUACCUCAACAGAAUUACAAUAUAUCUAUUUUAUACAUUCAUUGUGUUUUAUUGGACGGUUACUCUGUUUUCUUAAUGGUAGAAGUUUCUUUCCAAUAAAAUACAGAGAUAUUCAAGAUCCAGUAACAGUUACUAGUUUAUUAAAGUCAUUAGUUAUGAUAGUAGUUGAUAGUCCAUCAGUACUCAGUUCUAAAUCAGAAAGUUUAGAUGCUGCUGGUCUAGUGAGUGAAGUGUUGAAAGAUUUGUGUAGUUGUGGAAGGUUAUGUGAGAUAUGUUUCUGUCGUAAUGAAAUAACAUCAACAUUAUUAAUACCUAUCUCACAGUACUUGAAUACCAAUAUAAGACUAGAAGAUUUACCGAGUGAAGAAGCGUUAAUACGUGUAGCAGAUAUACUCUGUGUCGUAGCGUCUGAUGAUUAUGGUAGACAACAUUUAAUGUAUGGUGAAGGUGGUACUAUGUUCUCUAAAGCUAGAGGAUUACCACCAAUCCACUAUAUCUGUGAAUUUACAAAGCGUUGUUUAAAGAAAGAUUUACCUCCCGUAAUUACCGUGCCAUCACGAACAGUUAUUGGUGUAUAUCUCUAUAUCUGUCGUCAGUUAUAUAUAACUUGUGAUGGUUUAUAUUCACUUCAUCAUUAUAAUCUACAUUCCUGUGUAGCUGAUGCUUGGGAAGAGGCCUGUCAGGCUGGAGAAAGGGCAGUAACUCCUACACCUUCUAAUUCAAAUACCUUAAUUUCAAAAACUGAUGAUGACCAAUACAGUGUGUUAUUUUGGGAGCAGUCGUUACUAGGUAGUCUAUUAAACUUUGCUAGUACAGCUCGUGGUAUAUUGUUAUUACAACAGAAAGAGAUUAUUAAUGAAUGUGUGUCCUAUAUGUAUGAUAGAUAUAAACAAAAACUACAGGUGGGUAAAUUUGAGAAGUUUGGAUAUGGUGUAAUGGUCACACAAGUAGCUGGUACUGCACCUGGUAUAGCAGCACUACAAAACACAGGUUAUAUCAAGUCAUUAAUACAUGAAAUCUGGACCUCACUAGAAUGUGGUGUAUCUGAUGUACCUGUUUAUACUCCAAAAUCAUGGCCUGUUGAUGUUAUUGAUAGAGGCUCUCAUAAGCAUUUAAUAAGAAUAUGUAAUAUAUUAUCAUCAUUUAGUGCAGUGUUUGAAUUAUUAGCUACUAAACCUCUACCUACUAAAGAUGAAUACAGUUUUAGAGAAAUGCCUGAUACCAUAGCUGGUUUAAUAGACAGAGUAAUCAUGGUGGAUACAGAUGCUAAAGAACAUUCGCUCUUUAAUUAUGAACAUUCUCAUGUAUUUGGGUUAAGAACAUUAAGUGUAAUGGUAUCAUGUUUAGAUACAAGUCUAUUAUUACAGUCACAAUAUAAAUAUCAAGAUAUGUUACUACAAACACAAUCAGACAAUAAAACAAAAGGUGAUCAGUAUAUAAUAGAUAUGAUAUCAACAGAGAGAAAUUAUUUACUAGUAUCAUCUUAUCUUAUUGGUGGUCCUACAGAACGUAUCUUACCACCCCAUACUCUAGAACAACCUAAACCAUACGAGGAAGGAGAGGUGUUAUAUCCAUACCCAAUGUUUAGUACCUACCCUGUACCUAGAGUAUAUAUACCUAACCUAGCAGGUCGCUCAGCCAUGAAACAAGACAAUGAAAUGAGUAAAUUUUUAGCUGGUAAAGCUGAGAAAAGAAUGUCUUGGUUGGAGAAAUGUAGAAAUUUAUUUUAUAAUCUUUUAACCAAGAAAUCUGAUCAAGUGAAAGGCACAUUACUCCAGUUAUUAUUUGAACAAACUGUACCUGCUAUUAGUCAAAUUAAAGAUGAAUCUAUCUAUUCCCUAACUCCAUAUACAGGAGGUGAAGCUAUUAACAGUUAUAAUUUAUCACCACUACAACAACAAGGUGUUAAAAUUGCUGUAAGAUAUGGUGUACAUCUUAAAGUUUUGAAUAAUGCCACAGAGGCCACUGAUAGUUUAACUCAUCUUCUCAAACAAACUGGUUCUUUCUUUCUUCAAAAAUCAAAAUACAAUAAAUCACCAUCAGCUCUAUGUAUCCUUUAUUCUAAAAGAUUUAUUACUAACAUCACUAUAGGGUUAUAUAUAUGUUGGUCAGAGGAAAAAGACAAGGAAGGUGGAACACUCUCUGUCAUCAAAAUAAGUAGGCAUAGUAAUAUUAGUAACAGGUUGAAAUUCGAAGUAAUAUUCCAUUCUUUCACCUUAACCUUUGAACUAGUACAUGAGAAAGGAUGUUAUCCAGGGUUUGAUUGGUUUACCUCUACUAUAUUUCUAAUGUUUAAUGGUAAUAAAGAGAAAACCUGGAAAUUUCUUCACAAGUUUAGUAUGUUAGUAACAUCAGGAUAUUUAUGGCUACCCAGAUUACAUUGUUCAGAAGAUUUACCCCAAUCUAUAUUAUACAGUGGUAUUCAUCCUCUAUUCUUCUCUACAGCACAUAAUAUAGAAUUUAUACUACAGACUGAAUUACCUCUAGUAGCUUCAGCUUUUAAAAUGUCUGGUUACACUCCUUCUCAGAUCUGUGUUCACUGGUUAAAGCAAUGUUUUUGGAACUAUUUAGACUGGACUGAUAUAUGUCAGUAUAUAAUAACUUGUAUUAUAAUGGGGGUAGAUUAUCAGGUUUAUAUCUGUAUCUCUAUAUUCCACCAUUUACAACAUCAUAUCUUACAACACAUGCAGACACAUGAUCUCAUGAUAUUUCUUAAGGAACAACCUAUUAGAAAUUAUAAAGUAUCAGAAAAUCUAAAAUAUAUGAAAUCAUUAGAAAGUAAAUUUAGAAAGAUAGUAUUGAAGGAUAUGGUAUCUGUUCUUAAAAAAUAAACUUAAUUAUCAAGAGAUAUAUUCCGUCCAGAACCCAGAGUUCCUAAGUGUCUGUGAUUGUAUCUUCAGGAUAUAUAAUAGUGCUGAAUAAAUGUACAUCAAUUGUAGAGCUAUAUAGAAAUUAUUUGACUGUUUUCAUUAUUACACUAAGUGUCCAUCCAUUGAAUUUUCAUAUUCCCAACCCGUCCUCUAUUGAAAUACUUCCAAAGUUUUUGAAAGCAAUAUCUUUUUGUCAUUGAAUUAUAUAAUCAGGAUAAUGUAGCUAUAUAAUUGUUAGUCUAUGCUCGAUGCUCGUUAACAUCGUAAAGUGUCUAGACAUUGAGAUUCCUUCAAAAAUUCAAAAUUACUGAAAUGAAAAGAAAGGGAAGCCUAAAUUUUGUCUUAAAUUGUGCAUAAUAUCCUAAAUUUAUGUCUGUGAUUCAUAUUAUUUAUUUUAUAUCAUAGAUUUGUGCAUAAACCAUGUCAUAUUUU